AUGAAGACUCAGACGACACAGGCUGCCAAGGUUUUCACCUGGACCGGCACCGGUCCACUGGACCCGCUCACCCCCCCCACCACUGUCUCACGGGGGCUCCGGAUUUCUUCCCCCCACCUCUGCCUGUCCUCCAGGUUAAGGAACCAGCGGAAGGCAGUCGUCACCACGGUGGACAAGAAGAUCCCCAAUGGAAUCCUGGAAGAGCAAGACCCCAACAAAGCUCUCGGAGGGAGUACUGAAGCACCGAGUGCCCCCAUCACUCAAGGAGAAGGUACAGCCAAUCAGGAGGCCGGGACCUCUCUGUCUGCUAACGCUAAUGCGGCAUCGGAUGCUAAGCCCCGCCAGUGUGGGGCACUGCAGCUGCCGCUGCUUCUGCUGCUACGCCUAGAUAAGCUAAUGUCCGCUAGCUGGAAAAAGGAGAAAGGGUUUCUGGUUGGGGGGUAACCCUAACACUGCAGCCACUGUCAGGACAGAGGGUGUUCAGUUAGGGUUAGCCAUAGCACUGCAGCACACUGUCUGGACAGAGGGUGUUCAGUUAGGGUUAGCCAUAGCACUGCAGCCACUGUCAG